AUGGAGAUUCAUCGUUGUCGCUUUGUCGACUAUACGCCGCACACGAUAACCUCGCUAGCAUUCUCCUCGGCGCCGAGUCUAGCUGGACCCGCACCGAAAGAUUUGCGUUUGGCAGUGGGCCGAUCCAACGGCCAGAUUGAAAUCUGGAACCCCAGGAAUAACUGGACCCACGAGUUGACACUCGCUGGCUCAAAGGGGAGAUCAGUUGAAGGAUUACGCUGGGUUGGAGCAAGACUCUUUUCCAUAGGUGGGUCUACUUAUAUCACCGAGUGGGAUUUGGUCAAGGGCCAGCCAUUGGUUAAUUACGACUGUAACGCUGGUGUCAUUUGGAGUGUUGCAAAUAGUGCAUCGGGGGACAAGUUGGCUGUUGGAUGCGACGAUGGAUCGGUUGUGGUCGUUGACAUUUCAGGCGGGUUGGGGUCGCUAGAAUACGACAUUAUAUGCCAAAGACAAGAUGCGAGAGUCUUGAGCCUCGAGUGGAACAAGGAUGGACAAAUCAUUGGCGGGUGUGCCGACGGGAGGAUUCGAGUUUGGAGCUACUGCGAAGAAACAAAAGGAAGAAUACUAUCGACAAUGAGGGUCGAUAAAUCCAGGACUGAAAGCACGUUGGUGUGGUCAGUGCAAGUCUUGAGUGAUAAGCAGCAGUUAAUCACCGGAGACUCAACUGGUCACGUCAAAAUUUGGGACUUGAAAUUUUUCACCUUGAUUCAAAGUUUGAAAAUCCAUGAUGCUGAUGUACUUUGCAUCGUGGCCAAUUCCAAGGAGGACAAGUUUUUUACUGCUGGUAUAGAUCGAAAGAUUCAUCAGUUUGAUUUGCUCAAGACUAAAAACAGCUCAAAGUGGGUGCAUAGCCAAAACAGGCUUUUGCAUUCAAACGAUAUUAGGUCGCUUGCUAUAUACGAGAGCAAGAACUUGAAUAUUUUGGUGAGCGGAGGAGUUGAAAGAAGUAUAAUUGUGCAAAGCAUAGAGCAGUUCCAUGACGGCAACUAUAAAAAGUUGUUGUUGGACCAACAGCAAAGUAAUGUUGUUGUGGAUGAAGAGUCUAGAAUGAUUGCCAUGUGGCAGGACCAAACAGUAAAAGUGUGGAUAAUCUUGCAGUCUGGGAAACAUAAGCUUAUUGCCAAGUUGACCUUAUCGGAUGAUGAAAAUAUCACCAGUGUGGAUUUAAAGGGAAACAUCUUGGCGGUAUCGCGAAUGACUUCGGUCAAAGUGUUUGAGUUGGUGGAACAGGCCUCGGAAAAGUAUGCAAUUGAGAAAAUCAGGGACUCAAAUUUCGACUCGUUGAUUUCCGGAGCCAAGAUUGUCAAAUUACUUCAAGAUUACAAGCUCUUGGUGUUGACUCCCGAAGAGGAGCUAUACAUGUUUACGAUUGACCUAUCCGAGAGUAAAGUUAACUUGGACGAGGAAAUUGAGUUGAUCGAAGCAGAAUCGAAUGCAUCGGUGCCUCACCAAAAUUGCAUCAAUCACUUGACAUGUACGCCCGACUCGCUGCAGAUUGUCAUUUCGAGAACCAAUGGCUCGAUUGAAAUAUACCCUCUAGGAGGUGAAGAGGCUUAUAUUUUGACGAAAACAAUGUCUGCAUAUCCACACCUUAUAGCAUGCCACGGCAAUGAGAAGUUGCUCGUGUUGACUGAUGAAAAUAAGCUUUACGAGUUCAACAUUGCCAAGUCGGCUCAGUUGCUCACCAAUUGGACAAGACGUAAUAGCGAGUUUCUCCCGAAGCGAUUCACCAAUUUGGAAGAUAAGCCGCAGGGACUAUUCUGUAAAGAUUCCAAAGCUUGGAUUUAUGGCACAACGUGGUUGUGCUAUUUCGACAUGCUGAAAAACGUGCCUAUAAGUGAAUUGCACAAGAACAUCAACACCAAGAACAGGAAAAGAAACAGGAAUGGUUUGACCAUCACUGGCGGUGAUGAUAGUAACGGUAACCUGGCUGAUGCCCAGCAAUUAGAAUACAGUUUGAAGCAAAGUGAAGUUGACAAGAUGAAGAAACAGAUUAUCGAAGAAGGAGAAGAAGAAGGGGGACAAGAUGAAGACAUGAACGACGAUUCGCCUGAAAAGAAGCAACAGCAUCAGCAACAACAACUGCUGUUUUGGAUCACGGAGAAGUACAGGCCAAUUUUGAAAGUUGCCAGUUUUGGCACUAACGGAUUGGUCGUUGUUGAAAGACCUUAUUUUGCAUUGCCUACAACUCCCGCAUUCAACUUGCCAAAAUUUAGAGUUUAA